GUUUCCGUCCGUCCCAGGCGGCGCCCGGCUGCACUGCGGCGUCUCGGGCUGCUGCGACAUGUUCGCCGCCGACGAGGAAGAGGCGUUCGCCACCACGCGCGACGUCAUCGAGUCGCUGAACCUACCGGAGGCCAGGGAGAACGUCAGCGAGCCGCCGCUGGUCGCCCCCGACCGCCUGGACACUCUGUCCGGUCUGAGUCAGCUAUCUCGGGACGAGUUGAAGCUGGUGCUGGCCUCGGUCCUCGACGGCAGCCGCUUCCGCGAGUUCAAGGGCAGCUACGGAGUCAACGUCAUCACCGGCUUCGGCAAACUGGGCGGGCGUCUGGUGGGCGUGGUGGCCAACCACGGCACGGUCACGGCCCGUGACGCGCUGAAGAUGGCGCACCUGGUGGAGCUCUGUGACCAGCGCGACAUCCCGCUGCUCUACCUGCAGAACGCGCUGCCAGACACGGUGGAGGAGUGCUCUGACCCGGAGGUGCUCAAGUGUCGCGCGCGGGCGGCCACCGUACUGGCGGCCUCCCGAGUGCCUCGGAUUAGUGUCAACCUCACCGGCUGCCACGGCGAUCAGCACAUGACUAUGUGCGGUAUUUCCUUCGAGCCGAGUUUCUACUUCGCGUGGCCUCGUGCCAAGUUCUCGGGCGUGUCCCUGUCGGCCGCCGCUCCGGCUCCUGACGAGGCAGCGGCGGCUCCCCCGCGGCCGGCGAAGCCUCCUCAGCCGGCCGAUAAACCGACCAAGCCGGGCCGGCCGGCCAAACCGCCGCCGCUCAUCCAGCUGCCCAAGGACUCGAGCCUGUACUACGCGUCACGGGUGCUGAUUGACGGCGUCAUCCGGCCCAGGGACACCAGGAAGACGCUGGAGCUGGCCCUGGCCGUGGUCAGCUGGAACACUCCGCACCAGGAGAGGAGACACCCGAUCAUCCGCAUGUAGGAGGCUAGGGACUACUGGCGACUACCUCCUGAACGGCGGCGCCCGGAGUUAUCGUGGCACGGCACGCCCAAGAGUUAUCGCUGAACUCCGGCACGCGGCGCCUCAGAGCUAGGUAUCCCCGAAACUCCCGUGUCGGCGGCGCCAGCCUUGAUGGAUGACGGGGCACUCGGAGUGGUUUCAUAGGAUUUCGGUGAAGUGUCCUUAUCACGUUGUUAUGUAGAUGAUUUGCGAUGAAUCGGUGCUCAAUAAUGAAGUUCUCCCCAGUUGGAAGUUCGCCCCGUGUUAUGGAUUGACAGUGAUUUUGUGUGCGAUGCUUUUGCUGGAUAAUCUCCACGCAGUGAAAGUUAGUGUGAUAAGGGUCUAAGGGAGUCGAUUUGCCUUCGAAUCCCAAAACAAAAUGCACUGGAAAAAGCGUUUAGCUUUCUGUCAGUUUUGCGGACAGAUUGUGUCGCCUUGUUGAUAUCUUUAUCGCGUGUUGAAAUAAGCGUUUUUGGGAUGGUUGAAUGUUACGGGGAUCGCUACUCGCUAGGUGCCAGAAACACGUAGAGAAAUAUCGAUAUUGAUUUAUAGUGUGAAUAUUGCAGUAGUUGUCCCCCGUCGCGUCGAGUGGUAAUGUUCAAAUGGUCUGCCUCAGCGGGAGCUCUCCCAGGAGGCCGAAACAGAAACAAUGCAAUUAGGUGUAAGGCAAGAAGAUGAAACGAAUAUAAACCCACAUUUGCCUUGUGAA